UCUUUCUCCCCAGCCCUCACUUCCCUUCGGCGCCGCCUCGUUACAGACAGCGGGAGCGAAAGAGCAAGCGGCGAGAGAACUCCGGGAGAGGGCGGCGAGAUGGUGCAGAGGCUGACAUACCGAAAGCGCCACAGCUACGCCACCAAGUCGAAUCAGACUCGCGUCGUCAAGACCCCAGGUGGGAAGCUUGUCUACCAGUACACCAAGAAGCGGGCGAGUGGGCCAAAAUGCCCGGUUACCGGCAAGAAGAUCCAAGGAAUCCCACACCUGAGGCCUACUGAGUACAAGAGGUCCAGAUUGUCGAGGAACAGGAGGACUGUGAACCGUCCUUAUGGUGGUGUUCUGUCUGGUCCUGCAGUCAGGGAGAGGAUCAUUAGGGCGUUUUUGGUGGAGGAGCAGAAGAUUGUGAAGAAGGUGCUUAAGAUCCAGAAGACCAAGGAGAAGACCACCAAGAGCUAAACAACUGGGCGAGAUAGGCGUCGCGGUGAUGUUUUGUGUUUCUCCGAAUUUGUUUUAAGCAAUCAAGAAUUUUCUCUCUUGGGAUUUGCAGAAUCCUGGUUCUAGUAUGUGAGGUUUGAUGUGCUUCUCUA